AUGCCCAAAUCAAAACGAAAUAGAGCAGGUAAGUUUAUCUGAAACUUAUUUACAGUUAAAAUUCUCACGUUAGACCUAUGUAAUCCCUUUGCUUACUGAAUAGUUGUCGCUUAUUUGGGAUCUACUUGAUGACUACUUCAGGCUACAUGUAAGCUUACUUUUGCUUCAGAAGCACAAGACUUUCGGCUGCAAUCUUUUUACAUAACGGCAGUUUCGUUGUCUCUGUCUGCAAAUGACUGAUUACGUACCAUAGUCCUUGAGAACAGUUUAUACCCAAAUAUCUAGCACUUUCCUCAGACAAACUUUGUGAACACAUCAACACUGUCAGCCAAGAUAUAAAUAAGAUAAGACAAGAAGUAAGUGUAUAAUUUUUUCUUUUGCAGUGUCUCUCACAAAGACCAAGAAAAAAGGAUUAGAACUGAAAACAGGACUAGUAAAGGAGGUGAUAAACAUCAUCUGUUUGAAUGAUCCAUCCACAUCCCAAUAAUUGGGAUCAUUUUAUCUAGCCCACCUACCCCCCCCUAAACCAACAUAACAAAAAGGGCAAAAUGUUGGCAGCAUAAUCCUAGAAAAAUAUGUAAAAUGAUCCAAUAAUUGCGGGCGAUAAGAGGAGCCCGCAAUCCCAAUAUUGAGGUUGUUAUUACCUAUGCGUUGUAUGUAUGUAGCCAGCAUUUGUUUGGACUUUCACUAAGAAUGAAUGGAAUGAACAGAAUGCAGUUUCAUCAUGCGUGUUUCGACCUUCUACCCCUCGUAAUCUGAUCAUGCGUGUUUUGACCAUCUGUCAUGAGAAACCUGCAUGUUUAAUGAGAAACCUGUACACAAAGUGCACACAAAGAACAAAAGUGUUUGACCUUAGAUCGUUGUCACCUGCACUCUGUAACCUUUGGUUAUUACUAGUUAAAAAAGGGAUGAUGGGGGAAGGGAAAAAGUGUCAUCGUCCCCUUCAAACUUUGUUUUAUCCCUAUCCUCAGCCUCCCUACAACACAAUGAGGCCUGUAUGGAGGAAAGAGAUACACCAGGGUUUAUUCUAGAAAUUGGCCAAUGAGGGUUAAAUGGGCCCCCUUCUGUAAUUUUAGGGGGCCCUUUUUCAAGAAAGGGGGUCCCCCGAAAGGUAUUUGAACUUGUUGGUAGAGACUGUUCCAUGAGAAAAUGAACGUUUAUUGACGCUUUGCCGCCAUUUCGAAACAUUCUGGGCAACCUGAAAAAACCAGGGGUCGAAUUACUGCAGAAUCUGAGAUGUUUGUCUGGUGAAAUAAUGACUCAAAUGAAGAAGAGAAAGGCAAUUGAGACAGUAAUCAAAUCAGUGUUGUUGUCAGUGAUGUUUUCAAAUACUUUAAUUCAAAAAAUAGUACUUAUCCAUGGAUUUAUUUUUUGCGCCCCAUUUGACACGGCAAUGUAAAUUUUAUGCAGCAUUUUUUUCCAAAUUGCGGAAAUCCCACAAGGCCGUGCUCUAGAAUAAACCCUGUACACAGUAGUUCUUUCCUUCAGGAGUUACAUGAAUUUCCAUUAUGGAAAAAUUAAUAAAAAUAACCUGCUUCUAGAUCCAAGAAUGUGUGGACAACUAUGCCUACAUCUAUGUAUUCUCUGUGGAGAACAUGAGGAACAGUAAAUUGAAAGAAGUCAGGAAUGAAUGGAAACACAGCAGGUAAGAGACUUCAUUACAAGUAAUAAGGUGGAAAAAAAACCCUGCUAUCUUUAAAAGGGUUUAAAUUAGAAGAAAUUAAUGUACAGUUUUGCCUUCCCACUGUCAACUCCCAAAAAAUUUCAACCUUGUUUCCAGAGCUUUUUCCCUUGUCCCCUUUCCUUUCCUAUUAAGGAAAAAAACCCUGGGAACAAGGUUGACUCGCCCUAAGACAAGACCAUAGGGACUGUCACUUUUAAGAAGUCUCAGGGUUAUAGAAGGCACCAAACUGUAGGUGUCUGUUUUAGGAAGAUGUCCAUCCUACAGAGAGUUGACUACAUUCAUACAUUUCUGCCUAUGGUUAAAAUUAUUAUUGUUUGAGAUGAUGUUGGUUUUCAGUUUAUACUGUCAGGAAUAUUUAUUUUCACUCCUCGUGUAGGUUUUUCUUUGGUAAGAAUAAAGUCAUGAUUAUCGCAAUUGGCAGAGAUAGAGAAGCUGAAUACAAAGAAAACUUACACAAGAUAGCUAAUGUGAGUAUAGCCAGGGCUGUCAAUAAGGGCUGGGGUCAGACAAAGGCUUACGACAUCAUAUGAUGUCAGUUGAUUUUUUGUUCUGCCUUCAUGCCUGAUUCUGGCCAUUUCUUUGUGUAAUGUGGAAUUAAGUGAUGUAUCUGACUAUGACAAAGAUACAGCAAAGUAAAUGAAUAUUCUAAAGAUGACUGGGGAGUUGUCAACAACAAUCCUUCUCAUUUGCCAUCAUCUUUUAAAACAUUCUUUCUUGCAAAUCAUUCUACCUCAUACUUUUUAAUGCGGCUGUCCAAUAGGGCAGACAUUUUUGGAGGCAAAUUUGCAUGUUGUGAAGAAGAAAAAAAUGGCCUGUUUUGCACUAUUUUUGACAAGUUUAAUUGCAGAUACAUAUGUUACACCUACAUGUAUUUAAGAAAUUCAAUUAAAAUAAAAAAAAUUGUGUUAUAUAGACUUUAUUAAGUACUUUGCGACAUGUUUUGCUUCUUUAGAAACUUAAAGGACAAUGUGGAUUAAUGUUUACAAAUCAAGCUAAGGAAGAUGUUAUCAAGUAAGGCAGUGAUUUGUUAUUUUCAUUUCAUUUUAAGCUGUGAGAAGAUAGUGAACUACAGCUGGUUAAUUAACAAGAGUUAAAACUGAUGAAACCUUGUUAUUUGCAUUAAAAUUUGUUAUGUUUCAUUAUCCCUGAAAAGCCCCAUAAGGGGAGAGGAUAAUUAAGUUUAUUACUAUUAUUAUUAUUAUUAUUAUUAUCAUUACUAUUAAUAUUAUCCAUUUGGGGGGAGUAGCAGUGUUUCAUGCUAGAGAAACCAGGUUAAUGUGGAUCUCAUUGGCUUGUGUGAGCUUUUGUAUUACUGAUCAGCUUGGUGGUCACCCUUAACAGACCUCUAAUUUUUUGUUUUAGGUGGUUUAAAGAUUACAGUGAGUUGGAUUAUGCCAGAUCAGGCAAUGAAGCUACAAGUGAUGUAACAGUAGAUGCAGGUACUUUCUAUGGUUUUUGAUUUUUUUUUCAUUGUGGUAGCUGAAAAACUGAGUUGGGAGAAGUGUAUUUUGUGGAGAGCUUGAUAUGACCUAUCAGAUACAUGGAGUUUUAAAGUGAAUUUGUUAAACAGCCAAGCAGUGGUUUGCUUAUUUUAAAAAAAUAUGCAUGAUCUACAUUGUAGAAUUAUCUGGCACCAACAUCUUGCAGAUAAUUCACAUACCUCUAAUUUUAAAGCACCUGGCAAACCCAGAAACAAUCAAUUUUGGAAGGAAAAGAAAUCUACAGGAGGGCUCGUAACUAAGUAGAGGGGGGCUAUGGCAUUUGUUUUUUUUUGGGGGGGACAUGAGUAUUUUGGGUUAGCUUUUAUGGGGGGCUAUCUAAAAUUUCUGUCAAUGUGACUGAAGGUAUAAGGGGGUGAGGGGCAUUAAAAGCAUUUCAAUAAAAACUGUCAUUGUAUUCCUCUCUCCUCCACGGGGAUCUCUGUGUCACUAGAAGGCUGAGAAGAGGGGUGAAAGGGAGGGUGUAGGGGACAAUGAUGACAAACAGGGAGUUGCCUUUUGCUCUUCCCAUCAUCCCCAUGCACAUUCUUAUUAUUAAAAAACAAUAAUAAUAAAAUAAAUUUAUUAAUGGAAAAAAAAUGCUAGCCGGAGCCUCUGCAGAGGAGAUAGUCCGUGUUUUGAAGACUUUAUAAUCCUGUCGGUGGUAAAGUUAGACGGUGCUUUUUAUAUGAGUUUGAUGAAUUUAAGUUUUUCAAUCCAAAUAAAUAAAAGUUAGUGGGUUUUUUUGCAUAUUCAACAACUGUCAUAUUUUGGUUAAAUUUUUUAGGUGGGGGUGGUGGUAGAGGAGGGGCUUAUAGUUGUGGGAUAUGGAAUGAGGGGAAGCAAAUUAUAGGAGGGAGUCCAAAAAUUGCACAGGAAAGAAAACUAAAAUCACCAUACCCCCCCUCUACAUAAAUGAUGAACUCUCCCUACCAUCAGAAAGGUCAGAAAAAUUUCCGAGCUCCAGAUGAGAUUCUAACUCAUAUUCUCAUACCCUCAAUGCGGGAGAAGCCAUGUUCAGCUCACAUUAAGGGAUCAUUUCCCGAGUGACAGACCAAGAAAAUUAAUACAUGUAAGUGUGGCAGUUAAUUUUUUAUCUCAGGUAAUUUUUACUUUUCUUUUUUUUUUGGAUAUAGUAAUGUGUAAUGUAUGCUAAUGAAGUUGAAACAAAGGAAAAAUAAAAAUUACCUGAGAUUAACUACAACAUAAGCAUUAGUUUAUGGUGGGGAUGGCAUCUUGUGUUAUCAGGUUGUGGGUAGCUGUGGCAGUUGUGGUUGCAGUUAGUUGUGGUACAAGACUUUUAGACCUGUGGCCCAUUGACAAGGGUUAUACUUCAAGAACUACGACUGUAAUAUGAAAAUGGAAUGUGUAUUGUUUGUUUUGUUGCAAUGUCUAGGUCCUUUGGAUCAGUUUCAGCACUCAAUGGAGCCACAACUAAGACAACUGGGACUUGAUACAACUUUGAAGAAAGGUACAUGUAACUUUAGUGUUCUUGUCAAAAUACUUAUUUCAUUGCCUUAAAGGUGGCAGCUUGGACCAGUACAGUUAUCUGUAAGCUAAAAGCAGUCAUUCAAUCAUGUACUUUCUAACUGUGAUAGUUUUUUAAUUUAGGGAAAAAUGCCUCUUAUACACUCAUGUGUAUUUCAGAUUUAACAACACUUUUUGUUUUACAGGAAUCAUAACGCUACAAACAGAUUUUCAAAUCUGCAAAGAAGGUGAUACAUUGACUCCAGAACAGGCCAGACUUCUGGUAAGGAUAUUGAUUAAAAUGCAACUUUUCAUUAUAUCCUUACUUGAUAUUUGGUUAAGCAAGUGACAGAUUUACAAUCAGGAGUUUAAUUUAAUUAAUUUAAUUUAAUUUUGUUUCUGGCAAGAUACAUGUAUUUGCAUUUUGAGUGUGAGAUUCAUGUUAAAUUGAAUAAUUUCUUCCUAACGUAUUUUGUGUGGGAAGUGUUUGAAAAGGGGUAUCGUCACCCUGUUGCCAUAGUGACAGCUCAUAACACUGAAUACAUAUUCUUAUUUAUACACCAAACAUAACAGAAUGGAUAAGCAAGCUAUAUCAAACAGUUGCCAGGGUCUUUUUUACCUCUGCUUCCAAAUGCUCACAUGUAUUUGCAGUUCAUUCUGGGCCUUCCUCACUCCUUACUUCUAAGUAAUUUAUCAUUUAGCCUGUCUCCCAACCUCCCCAGCCUGGGGUCAUGGAAGCAGGUAUAGUGAAAAGAAAAAACAGUCACACAUACAACUGGUUGAAGUACCCGCUUCCCUUAGUCGAGUGAUGAGAAGCGACGACCGAAAAUACGUGACCUGCAUUUGCACGCUUCCCUCUCCUUGGGACAGGAAUUUUAGGGGAGGCAUUAAAAGGUUUUACAAAUUAAUAACAACAUUUAGAAACUUGAAUUAAUUCGCUUUUAAUUCUUAGUUGAUAAUAUUAUAAUAGCUACAGACCUAUGCAUUAACCUGUUGAUUACUUUGCUUAAUAAUAUAUAAUGCUAUUACAAUGGCUUGAAUUCAAUUUUUUUGUCAAUUACGCGAAACAAAAGUCUCUGAAAACACUUUAUAAAACUAUCUUUAUGUAUCAUUUCUUUGUUAUACACAUAAGCUGUAGUUUGCCUCUAAGUCAUAUAUCUAUACUACCAGUGGUAUCUAUACUACCAAUGGAAAAACAUGAAUCUCUUAACCAAAUAAUUUGUGUGGACACAAAUUAAAUUUGAAACUUGCACAUCUCCCAUGCAACUGAACGCACAUGCACAAGUUUUGCGGCAUUCAGCCUUUCUUUUAAUAUUAGAAGAUCGUUUUUUUGAAGCAGUUCAGUCUCAUUGCUGAUUAUAUAAUGGCUGAAAAGGGUUGUUACCACCUCAUGUGUUGUAUUUUUUAUUCAAACAGAAACUCUUUGGAAACCCAAUGGCCGAAUUCCACAUUUCUCUUUUGUGCAUGUGGUCCAAUGAUGGAACAUUUGAAGACCUUACUUGACUAUUCUAAUUUUAAAUUUCUGCAUACAAAAGCCAUUUGUUUUAUAAACAACUUUGUACAAUAUUCAUACAAAUAAAAGACGGCAGAAAAUUCGCCUUAUUUCCGAACUAAACACACUGCCUUUUUUUCUCUUUGCUGUCCGUGACU